CUGAAAAGCGAGCCGCCCAGCUAGUAGGAGCCGGUGACAAACAAGUCGUCGAUCCGUCGGAGACAACAACAUCUCCACGCUGCCCAGCGGUCUUGAAGUUGUCGAAUUCAGGAUUAAUCACCGGAUUGGAUGAUGAAGGAUGAAUAUAACUCGCAGGAGUGCAUGGUAUGCUCAGCUCCGGCCGAUGGACUUCAUUAUGGUGCAAUCAGCUGCCGUUCCUGCAACGCAUUUUUCAGACGAACUGUUGUGGAGAAGGCGGAGUACCGCUGCAAGCACACUAACACUUGCCUGAUUGACCCGGAUGGACGAUGUGCCUGCAGAUCUUGCCGGUUCACCAAAUGCAUCGAAGCGGGAAUGAAAAUUGGCGCUGUCCAGCCACGUCGUGACCCAACUGGCUCGCAGAAAGAGCGACGAAAACGUGCCGGAGGCGUUGGUGAGAUGAUGUCCAUGAACAAUAGCCCGUUGGAGCGAAACGGCAAUAGCUUCUCGUCGGAUGGUCCGACAUCAAACUCAUUCAUUGUUGAUGCUAUCAGGACAGAUUAUGGGUUUGCAACACCACGCCGAAUCUCCACAGACUACUCGAACUCGCCAGACAGAUAUAGAAAAUAUGUCAAAAUUGAAUUGGAUGAUGAGCCAAUUCCAAGCACGAGUUCUGCUCCAGAAAAGCAGUCCUGCCAAAGCAGUCCUAAUGACGACGAGCAGCAGGAGUUCAACCACCUGGUGUACGCGUUUGGUGAACAUCAACGCAUGAUGCAACUCUCCUUCUCCACGUUUGAACAAUUUCUGGAUGAGCACAGUAAUGGGCCAAAACUUCGGCGAAUGGACCCACUCGAUGUGAGCAAGUUAUCAGCUGUGGAGUUGACUGGCCUGUUGUACUGGAUUGAGAAACAACAACCGUACGGAGAACUGCCGGUGGAAGAUAGAUCAUCGCUGCUCAAACGGUAUUCUGUACGGAAGCUCAGUUUGGACCAUUUUUACAGUGCUUCCAAGCAUCCUGAAUAUUGUGCUCGUGGAGAGUUUGUCAUGAACAACUUUACAUUUGUGCCUGCGGAUCGGACCGGAUUCGAGCUCCCCGACGAUGAUCCACAUCAGAUUCAAGCAAAGAGGGAACAUUGCAGAACCUUCGCGCCGACGUUCAACCGAUUCUGGAAGAACGUCAUCCGUCCAUUUGUGCUGAUGAAGGUGAACGACGCAGAAGUUGUGUUUCUGCACAUUAUGCUUCUGUGGAGUGUGACGAAUAAUGAGCAUGUGACGGAGGACACGAGAAAAGUGAUGAAGCAGAGACGUGAUUGGGCAAUGAAUCGACUUUUCGACUGGUACAAUGAGCAUGGAACAUCGGAUCCUCCCCUACGAUUUGGACAAAUGAUUUUAUUAUUAGGAGAAAUUGAGCUCAUCUGUGACAUGCAUUGCCAAGACUUCCAAGUGGCGAAGCUCUUCGAGUUUUGUGACAUGAGCAAGUUCUGGUACGAAACACUGUGCUACGCGCCGUGCAACACAAACGUCCUGAAAUUCGAUCCGAACCUGCUUGAGAAUUUGAAGAGAUUCACCGCAAUUAGUGUCAUGGAAAACAACGGCGGUCUUCGUCCAUUUGUGAAAACAGAAAUCAAACAAGAUCCGGUACUAUACAGCUCGCCAGAAGUCAUCGCUCCGGAAAGCUGCUACAACGACUAUCAAACGGUGGAUAUACCGGUGGACUGUAAUCCGCACACAGAGCCCGUAUCCAUGGAUCCCAACCUUGCAAACAUUGAUCCUGCCGUGCUCGUCUUCAAUGCUCAUAUGCUGCCAAGUGUGAUGGCGCCAUUGCCCGAUGAUGCGGAUUAUCAUCGACCGCAGCUUUAUCACACGCAAAGUGAGGAAGUGAUGACUUGACUUGUUGAAUUAUAUUGCCUUCCUAAAUCUGAUGUCAUAUACUCCCUUUAUUGUUGAUUAUAUAGUUACUUUAUUUAGUAUUAUUUAGUGUUGAUUUGUUCCCCGGUUUGAUUUUCAAUCUACUCUUCUGUAUAGGCACAAUUGCUCCCCCUCACUACCUUCAAAACUUUGUCAAUUAGUCACCAACUUCCUUUUGAUUUCCAAUGAUCUCAGUUUAAACGCAUUCCACUCAUCAUGUGAUAACUAUUGAAAAUUUCUAGUAUGAAUUGAUGCACGAUUCGAAAUAUUUAACUACUCAGCGUUGUAUUUUGAGAUAAACAUUUACGGUCCCCCCCUCUCUGAUCCCUAAGAACCUUUAGAAUUUACAUUCUUCCAGUUUCCCGACAAAUUGUGGUUACAAUUGUGCAAUGAAAUGUUUGUACUUGUAA